AUGAUGCCCCUUCAGCGUCACAUCAAAAAUGUCGUUCGUAAUUACACAGAAGCAGAGCGGAAAGUUCGUGAGGCCACUUCAAAUGAUCCAUGGGGUCCGAGUAGUACCCUUAUGUCCCAAAUCGCAGAUAGAACAUACAAUGUUAUUGCCUUCACUGAAAUAAUGCAAAUGAUUUGGAGGAGGCUUAACGAUAAAAGCAAGAACUGGAGACAUGUGUACAAAGCUCUUAUACUUUUGGAAUAUAUAAUUAAAACAGGAAGUGAGAAAGUUGCCGUUCAAUGCAGAGAAAACAUCCAUGCUAUUGAGACUCUUAUGGACUUUUACUACGUGGAGGACGGAAAGGACGUCGGCAACAGCGUCCGCGAGAAGGCACGCUCGCUGAACGCGCUGCUACGAGACGAGGAGCGUCUGCAGGAGGAGCGCGCCAAGGCCCUGCUCGCGAGGGAGCGUCUCAUGCACGGCGGGGCUCUGGGCACCACCUCGCACCCGAGCGGGUCCGCCUACUCCCCCCCCUCUAGCCUCUUCGCCAGGUCCGCGUCCUCAGUGGGCGACAACAGGCGACCCUCCUCCCAACCCUCGCUUUCUGGUGGCGUCAACAGCGACUUGGACUCGGCGCAGCCGCAAUCCUACACCGAGGAGCAGCUGCAGCUGCAGUUGGCGCUGGCGAUCAGCAAAGAGGAACACGAACGCGAGCUGCAAAAACGCCACGAGGAGGAGGCCAAGGAAGCCCUCAAGUUGCAGAUGGUCCUUGAGCAGAGCAAACGCGAGGAACAGAACCGUUCCGCGGCGGCUUCCCUCAUCUCCGAGACAAACUCGACUGGCGGUGGCACUGGCGGCGGUCUCUUCAAUCUCAUCGACACCUCGUUGUCCGCUGCUCCAGCCAACGUGCCCGAUCCCUGGUCUAGCAUCGUGCCCGUCCCAGUCGCUUCCCCUCCCCCCCAGAACAACCACAACCCCGGGCGUUUCACCUCGCCUUUCGACGCCCCCUCGAACGCUCCGAUGACCAAUCAGCUGUGUCUUCCCGAUACCCCAUGGACACCCAAGGAGGCGCUGCAGCUCCAGCAAAGCCACACAGUGCCGGUGGCCAACAACAAUCCCUGGGCUGCCCUCGACCCCCUCGACGCCUCCUCGUCCAUCAACCAGAAUGGAAACUCACAGCUUGCUUGCGCUUCCACGGCCACAGCCACUGCCGCCAUCCCAGCUGCCUCGUUAGCCGACUCAAACAAGCCAGCGACGGCACGGAAACGAACACCUUCAGACUUCUUGGGCGACCACAAAGACCUCGUCGACUUGGAGAAACUCGUUGACCGAAGUCCUGCCUCGACCAACCCGUUUGCGACCGGUCACAGCCGCACCGCAGCCGGCCACCCGACGAACCCCUUCAGCGUGAAUGUUUCCCCCAAGCCCUCGCUGAACCAGUUGAGCGCCUCCUUCAACAACGCCACCACCACCGGUGGCGGCGGUGGUGCGCCCUUGGCUCUGUUGGGCAGUGGAAGGGGUUCCUCGGCCUUCUCCUACCCCCAACGCCCCAUCACGACUUCCGGUCCCAAUCCCUUCCCGGCAACCGUCGCUUCCUCUUCCUCUUCCUCUGGUGCUCAUCAGCCACCUGCGUCCCAGCAAAGCCUCAACCCCUUCUUCUAA